CGGUCUCUGUUUGUGACAUUCGAUUGAUCUUUCCCAAGAAAAAUACGAGUAGACACAUGUUGGAACACAAAUUCUGAUCUGUCUCUGCCAAACAGUCUUCAGAUCGUCUUGAACAACAUCGUUGUUACUUCGAGUUUCAUAGAGAACACAACCGUCAUCGAUUGGACAAGAGAAGAUAACAACAACAAUGAUUCUCCUGCGAUCUUUACCGGAGUUUUCGACGAUGUGCAUCGGGGCCGUCGAUUUCCUCGGGGAUGCAAUGAACUGCAAAGGGUCGGUGUUUAGCACGAUUGUCUGUAACGAGUCAUCUUGGUGUGACGGAAGAGAUGAGGAAAUCGUUCAAUCAAAAUCCGCGAAUCAGAGGGUCAACGAAGAUGACGCAUCUGGCAGAUAUGGCGAUCUUAUAGACACACAGUCUCUUUCGAGUUCUGUGCAUCACUUGCUUCAUGAUUCGUCACAGCGCCAACGUCGGUCUCCACUAGCAAAUACAGGGGCAUCGAGCGACGCCAUAUUUCGGAAAACGCAGGAUACUACCAGCCAGUCUGCUGAGUUCAGUGGGUUGAAUCGAUGCACCGCAUGGGUACAAGAUGAUUAUUCCUUCGAAAGUGAGCGUCUGUCCGAUAAUUCAAGGACGACGUCGAAUGUAAGAAUAGUUCAUUGGGAAGAUCGUGUGAGCGAUUCAGAAUCUUUGAAUUCUAAAAAUGGUUGUCGCAUCUUCCGACCGAUAGAAUCCGCCUCUCAAUCCGAUAGCAAAUGCGUUCGUGGUUUUAAACUUGAGCGAUGUGCAGCGUGGAGCAUAGAUGAAUCAUCUUUGAUCGCAUCUUCUACUAGAAGGGACACACCAAAAAUUAUCAACGAUGCUAAAGUAGUUCAUUGGGAUGAACUAGUGCAAGGCGUUAUCAGAUAGAACGAAAGAAAAAACCUGUGCCUGUGGGAAGAGGUCAAGGUCCAAACACAAAACGCAUGUAACGCCAUACUUAUGCGUAAUUGUUUGGUUUGUAUAGUAGUGGAUUGCAUGUCUGCAAUGUAUCACAAUAACUGAAGUUAAUAGUA